AUGUUCGGCUCGAAAUUACGCUCAUGGAUGGAAAACCACAUUGGGCGCCCGCGUAAGAAGGGCGCCAAAAAUAAAACUACAAACAGCAAUACUGUUAGUGCCGCCACUGCCGCGGGCUGCAGUCAUGAGGCAUAUCAUCAUCACGUUGGCAGCAUCAAAAAGAUUUCCAGCAACAAUUCGAGCGCAAUUUUUACGCUUCAUCACGCGCGCAGUAACGGCGCGUCUUCCACGUCACCAUCAAUCACUGCCAACUCGUCCGCAUCCGCGGCGCCGACAAUGACGACAGUAAUGGUUUCGCCCAGCACGACGUCCUCAUUCGGUGCUAAUCAUCACAAUGGUGGAGGUGGCGGUGGCGGCUGUGGCAGUGGUAGCGGAAGCGGUUGCGGCAGUGUCAUUGCUAGUCCGGUCAGACGUCGUGAAGUCUCGCCUAUUCAAGGCCAUACGCAGAGUCGUUACGGUUGGCAGUCACCGGAUCAAGAGACAAUCACUUCACCGAAAUCCGACAAUUUCCUAUAUGCGCCACAACAUCGCAUACGCAGCCAAUCGCAUCACACAAAUUACCAUCACCAUCAACAGCAGCAACAUCAGGAACAACCUCCUUAUACAGUGCCAAACAGUAAGGAUAAUUCAAGUGAUGAUCGGUCAUUGCGAGCAAGGUCAUUCACACAAUCGUACGGUCACCAUAUACCAUCACAACAGCAGCAACCCUCACAGCUGCCGCAGAAUACAGUACAACAUCCCGCCGAUUGCUCUUCGUCAUCAAUUUCGUCGCUGUCGUGGUCCACUGGCUCUAAAGAGCCUUCCAUGAACUCAAGUGGCAACAACAACAGCAAUAGUAAAACUGUUCAGAACAAUUGCAAUAAUAAUAGUACGUUUACAAAACCUCUCCCUACACCCGAGGAACAAGAUAACAGUACCACAGAUUUGCGACAUUUCGAAGAGGAGGAUCCAAAUACCGUUCACUAUGAGGAGAUCCGCACUAUUUUACGUCAUCCCGAUCUUUGUAGUUCUAAUUACAAUGGCAACAACAAUAGCAAUAAUCCUUUCUUCAUACACGAACGCCCCAAAUCCGAGCAGCUCACCUCGUUUACCCCUGCACGUUCACUCUACGCGGACAGGCGUUCGCAGGAUGACGCAUCCACGCGCUACGGACGUCUCUUGCCGUCGAAGAUUCAAAGCUGCAGCAACUCGAAUGAUAGUUUGAAUGCGAAUGGCUCGAUGACGUAUGUAAGAAGUGGUAGCGCUGAAUAUAUAUCGCAACACUUUCAAAAUUCGGCUAAUGGAUAUGUGUGCAGUACAUCGGGCGAGUUUUCUUCGAGUCAUCAGUCUGGUAAUUUGAACAAUUUAGCAGCCAUACACUGUCAGCGCUCACGAUUGCGUGGCGGUCGGUUUGGCAAUGGACACGUUCUAAACGGCACACAGCCAGGAGGAAGUGUGGCUGGCGUACCGCUCCAUAGUCUCUCAUCGCCAGAAAGUGCUUACUCUACUGGCUAUUCCACCGACGGCACUUCGCCAGGCGGAAUUUACACGCCACCGGAAUACUAUAUUAAUAUGCGUACCGGCACGCAUUACUUUCCGAAGAGCAUAAACUCGCUGGCAAUCGAGGCGCAGCGGUACAAGUUUGGUCUAAAUAAAAUAGAAGAAAUGUCCCCCAUAGAUCCUAUGCCAAAGACUUCAUUCGCCAAUGCUUCCAGUCUAUACAAGCGCGCCGAUUCGUAUGAUAAGGGCCAAGGUUGCAGCAACAACAACGGCACGCAUCAUGAACCGUUCAUACCACUAGAUGCCCCACAUGCCAUCCAACAUCCUGAAAGUGUUGGACGACAUAGUCCCUUACCGUUGCGUAACACUAUUGUUUUGCCCACCUUGAAGGGUUUUGAAUCACCCUCCCCCAGACAACGUUGUCGCAUACGUACGAAUCCGUGGUAUCUCACAACGGAAGCAAAUGCACCAGCGGCAGGCAGUGUAAGCGUACAGAAUGUAUUAGCAUUUUUGCCACCACAGCCACCAACGCAACCGCCGCCAACAGCGAUGUCAACAACAUCUGACACGUCGACGAUUUCCUCGUCAGCGCACUCAACGAGGCUGCCUGAGGCUGUCGGCACGCCUCUGCGCCAUCAGAAACUGGGUAAGAUGACGACAAGUGGAAGUUCAGGAGGUGGGCGAAGGGAACUUGAUGCCGUAAGCACAUCGUCAUCUGGAAAAAGAUCCAGUAAUGCAACAACGGAUGGACGCCGGGUAGUGCAACACAUCCAACAGACAAGUGACAUGAACAAUGCUGGCAAGGUGUCUGCAGGGUAUGAGUCGACAGAGAGCUCUUCGUCUUUGACUGAAGUGGAAAAUAUGCAGAGGAACUACACACCCAACACUGUGCGUCGUAAGCGUGCAGAACAAUUACAGAUGAAGGUAGGCCAACCUCUAGCUGCCGUGCUGGCGACUGUGUGCGUUAUAAGUGAUGAGCGGGCUGGAAGCAACAGGGAGCCGAUAUUAAGUGAUGAUGAUGCCACGCUGAACGAAAUGAUGGGAAAAUUUGAUGAGAGUUACGUGUAUGAGAAGGAGACUGAUAUACUCAGCAGUGAUUCUGACCAAACGGAUUGUGCCUCCGACUUAGACACCGGACAGGAUGCUGGAGAUGAAUGUGAUACUGACGAGCUGCUCGAUAUAGACUUCAUUGAUACCUCAUCUAUGCAGGAGGUUUCUGAGCGUAGAGGCUCAGACUGCAACUUGGGCAGUUGUUAUUACUACAACCAGAGUCCAAAGGCGGUGCACCAGCACAGUGGAAAACGCGCAUCCGUUCGCUCGCGCAGAAGUUCAAGAAGUUUGAAAAAUGGCCCAGAAGAAAGCCAUGCAGUCAUGGCUACUGGAAUUAGUUCACAGCGACGACGUAAGCGCUUUCUCAAGACACGCAAGAAGAGUGCUGAAAAUCGUAACGAACAACCGAAUUCGCCACACAAAUCUCGAAAGUCACGCAGUGUAGGUGGUACGCCGGUGUGCGUGCGCCGACAAAGACAUAUCACAGCGAAGAAUAGGAUUUAUGAGACUUCGCCGCUUACAAAUAGAUCCAGCUCACUGGUGUUUACAGACGUACGAGAUACUAAACGUUUCAUGACAAUCGCAGAGAGUGAACGGGCUUUGUUGAAAGCGGAUUUGGAGGCAGAUGUUAAGUACAGACAACUCAUACAGGAAGCUGAAUCCCUACUAGUCUCCAUGAAAAACAGUAUGCAAAGCAUACCACGUGACACACCCGUCUCAAGUCCACGACGAGUCAAUCCUCUGGCCAACAAGCGAGUAGAAAUGUUAAAGAACUGUGAAACAGAAACGCGCCGCGAACAGCUUAAGCAAGCGCAGCAACGAUCUUUGGAUGCUAUCCAUUUAGAAAAGCAACAGAAACAGCAACAACAAGAGUUGGCGGCCGCUAUAAAUCGACGUAUAGACCUACUGCGACAUGCACCUGCGUCAGCACCUAAUAGUCCACGGUUCAGUCGCUGCAGCCCAAGGAAAACCCACAUAACGAAUUUCAUCAAUCAAAAUGUGCCACCAGAAGUACCGGCGCGCAAAUCGGUGGAAGCAUCAAAACCUCCACAGUCCCCACAACUACAACUAAAUGGCCGACUAAUGUCACAGAGCACAAAAUCCAUAACCAUACAAGAACGCAGAUUCCGUAGUCAAUCACUAGUGUCUCGACACAAGUGUGGUGCUUAUUUACGUCGUAAUCAGAACUUCGAUAGUGACUCUGAUUCCGAGUUUCAAAACAAAGAUUAUGACGAAAAUCAACUAAGAAAUGACGAUUACAAAGAUCAACCGAACAAAAUAUCCGAUGUGGAUGCUGUAAACCAUAAUUACUUGCCAGAGUUCGCACGACUUUCACGCUAUGAUGAAGCAGAUUUGUCUAACCACAAUGUGACCAAUUUGAAGUUAAAAUCAGACAAUUCAGCUGCUGAUUGGCAGACGCGAAUAAUGCAAGCUUGUCCACAGAGCGAGCCGCUGAAGAGAAAGGUUUACAGCGGCAGCUCGACAUUUGACCGCAUCAAAAAAAGUUUCGAUUUGGAGGCGGAAAUCCCAAAACAAGCAAUGUUGGCAAAAAUACAUAAUUUGAGGCGUCGGGAGCGUCAAAGCUCGAAUCCACGUUUAAACACACACAUAAGCAGUCACGACUUGUAUCUAGCAGUGGGAGAAUAUUGUAACGGUGAUAGCGAAUUUGCAGCCACGAACGGUGAUGAGGUUAAUAAAAAGCAAAUGAUCCUCAGCACAAUUGCAGAUCUGAAACGUAGUCUUGAGUCACAGAGCGUCGAGCUAAAUGGACUCAAUGAGGAUUAAUGAUAAAAACAAAAAUUAUGUGUAGAAGAGUAAAUGUGAGUUCUGGACUGUUUUGAUUAUAGGGACUCACAAGUAGUACAUAAAAUCCUAAUCCUACCGUACUAGUUCAGCCUUGCAAUAUUGUCCAACCAGCGAAAGGAUUUAAGGAAUUAUCCCAAAAUACUACAGACCUUUGAGAAAAACACUAAAUUUUAUUUUUAUUUUAAUUUUAUUUUUUUGAACUCAAAAUAACUACGUUGUUAUUUAUUCUAUUCAAAAUAGUAAUUUUAUAUAACUUUUCCCCAAUGUAUUACGAUGCGAUUGCAAGCCUUGGUUGAAUAGAGUUUCUCUCUACAUACAAUCUGAACAUUGGUUAACUCUCUAUUAAAACCAAAAUCAGAAAAAUAUUGUAUUUGCGAAGGACGCUCCACAAAUAAAACCAACUCGAGCAAUUGUUUUCUGAAUGAAAAGUCGUUUCAUAACAUUUAUAACCUGCUCAAAUUGGAGAAAACUUCAGAAAUCUACAACCUUAAGUUUUGUAAGAGAACAUUAUAUUUGAAAUGAUCUUUUCUGUCAUGGCUCGUACAGGUUUUGUAAUUUUUAUAAAUUUGUAAACGUAAAAUCAGUUUUUGAGUUUCAACGCACCCCAAAAUAGGUAAUAAUUAUUUAAUUACCAAAUUUUCGGCUAUUUUAGAAGCUGUGUUUCAAAUGUUUGUCAAAAGGCAAUAUUUCGAAGCCCAUCAGAAUGUAAUUGCAAACUAAGAGAGUGUAGUUUUAACCAAAAUUAUUGGGUUUUCUGCCUAAAUCCAUUCAUACAGUAUUAUUUAUCUUUAAGCUUUUUAAUUAAACACUCACACAACCCGCCCUAUUACUGUAUCACCUUUUAGAUUUUAUUUAUUGACUCUACUUUGAUUUGACACUGACUAUCUAUGUAUUUAUACUUAUAUGUAUAUACGAUGAAUAUAUACUGGUACAUUCAUGUAACGUGUAAACGUAGCUAUAUACAGUAUCUACAUAGGUAUGUGUAUAUACGUUAAUUAAAUGUCAUUGACUUAUAAUAACGUUAAAAACAUUGUAAUUAUGCAAUUAUUAAGUAGUAACAGGGAACGAAUCGAUAAUACAAUUGAUAAUUAUGGUAAAUUUGUAUAAAUGGUGUCAUCAGCCGUUCAGAAUAUUUCUUAUUGACAGGAAAUAACAUACAUACAUACACCCGCGGUUGAAGGUUACUCAUACGACAUGUCGAAAGAAAAAAUCUAAACACAGCGUAAGAAAUAUACAUAAAAACUACCAUUAAACAAGUAUUACAAUUAAAAUGCUGUUACUAAAUAUUGAUAUGAAUAUGCCCAGCGUAAAGUAAGCCGUAAGAUAGAUUAAAAAAUCUCUAUUUAUGAUUAUAUGAAAGCGAAAAACAAUAAGUAAAGUAUAAUUGAAGGACUGAAAUAAUUGCACAUUGCUAUUUACCACAUAAUUGACGAACACUAUAUCUAUCUAUGCAUAAACAUGGCAGCGUUAAUAUAGAAAUUCGUGAAGAUAUAACUAUAUGUAGACAAUUAUGCUGGUAUAUGUCAGAUAAAUCUUAAGCGGGAACAUAUUUUGCAUUUUUUGUAAGCCUCGAAAACAUUAUGAUUGUACUCGAACGUAUGGAUGUAGUAGCUAUAAUAAUAUUAUUUAUCGCAGAACUGAGCAGACCAUAUUUAACAUAUAUAUGUAUGUAUACAAUUGUUCACUGCCAAAACGUGAAGAGCGUGAGUUUACGCGUAUGCAUAUAUGUAUGUAUAUAUAUAGUAUGUUCAUAGGUACUAAGAAAGGUGUUUGCCGCUUUAUUUUUUAAUGAAUAUUGGUUAAAUAUAAAUUAAUUAAUAUGGGUAAAGAGGUCCUAAGUGCUAAUUUGUAUGUAUUCGAAGAUAUGUGAGUGAUCCUUCCGCAUUAACUUCAUGCAAGUGUCCUGUUUAUGCAAUUUUGUUGGUGAUCAAAACAGAACAAUUAAUAAACAGAGCUCAAAAAAUAAAUAAUAGUCGCAACAGUAAAUAAGUUCUAAAUUUUCUGAAACUUUUCACUUCAAUCAAUUGAUUCUAAGUCUAUUCAGCAAUAUAUAUUAGCUACUGAAGAGCAAUUAGCGCUCUUCACAAUUUAAACAGAAAGCAAACUAGGGAAAUGAAGAGUACAAUGUGUUAUUUGUUAACGCUGAGAACCUGACAGUUUCUGUAAAAAUAAAUGUCAAUUUGACAGAUAAAGAUAAAGGGUGAUUUGAAAAGUUACGUUUUCUUGUAUAUGGCAAAAACACAAAAAAUAUGAAAGACUCAAUUAAAAAUUUUGUGGCAUCGGUGAUGUUGAAAUUUCAACUGAAGUAAAGUUGCGUUGCAAGUAAAUACAACUCUAGGAUUGGUUUAUUGAAUGAAAAGAUAUUUUCAUAACUUCUAUAAACUUCUCGAAAUUGGAGAAAACCUCAGAAACCUACAACGUUAAGCUUUCUCAGACAACAAUAUGUAUGUCUAAAGUGUUCUUAUCUGUCAAUAUUCUUACUGGUUUUGUAAUUUUGCAAAUCUCUAAACGUGAGACUAGUUUUUGAGCUUCAAAACAACCCAAGAUCGGAGCUGCCACAAUAUCAUAUCAUAUACAUACGUGUAGGGUACCACGUCUAGAAAAAUUGUCAUGUGAUUUACAUUUCGAUAGUCUUGCUUAUUAUGAUUUUAACUAAAUUAAACUACAGAAAAAUGCACUAUCUUAAAAAUAUUCUAGAAAUUAUGUAUUCUCAACAUUGAUGAAAAAGCAAUAAACUAGUACAUAAACUGGCAGGAUUAUUACGGUACUAUUCUACUGCAUUUAAUACAUAUGCACUUAAGCAGAAAUCGGAAAGAGUGCUCUAAAUUUGUGUUAAAAUAUACAUAUUUUUAUACAAAUGCAAUUGACUUCCUGAUUUCCAGAGUAUGAUUGACUAUGCAAUUUGUAAGUGAGUAAAGACUUAAUUACAUAAGUUCCGACUUGUCUACUCGUAUAAUUUAAUCAGAUUACAGCGACCUUCCGACGAUAUACAAAGUUCAUAUUAGGCUUUACCUAGGCACACGUGAUAUGUGAAACAAAACUAGAAUAAAAUAAAAUAUGGCAUAUCCAUACUUUGCAUUCACACACAAUUUACAAAUAUUU